UCCUGGCUAUAUUAGACCUUAACAUUUCAACAGGCUAAUUCUGACUUAGUUUCUAUUUAGCUAGCAAACGUUUGUUUGUUUGUUUGUUCGCACGAUGGAAUAAAUGAGCCUAGCACACACACACACACACACUAUUGAAACUUUCACAGUCUUGAUUUAGCACAAACUUCCUGGAAUAGCUCAGACUGAAACGCAGCUUUUUAAUAUGAGGGGAUUUGGAGUGUUUGGUGCUCAGCUGAAACGUCGUGUUUGGAUUUUUCCAGAGGCAGACCAAAUGGCGACAGGCUGCUCUGCGAGCCCGGUUCUUCGCCUUAUUCCCGGUGUAUUCACCGAAGUGUGUUCUCGGUGCGAGGCAGUGACACUGAGAGAGUCUCGCAGUGCGCGAGCUUCGCGGUUGUAGCACGGCGUGUGCGUUUUUAUUGCGGGAAAUAGCAUGUCUAUCUAUAUACCCGCUCUUGUGUAACGGCUCGCUGUGAAUCCCCCUUCACCUCAGUUGAACUCGGGUGAUCUAGUUCACGAGCGACAUGCACGCUGUCAGGCCGGUCUGGCGGGUGCCGCGAGGACGUAAACAAGACGAAGAAGAAAAAGAAAAACGGAGCUAGCGUUUUUUUUUCUUCCUACACCAGAGUCCUUAAAAGAGACCAUCUUUCGACGUCUGUCAUGUCGUAGGCGUUUUUUUGUUUUGUGUGUGUGUUUUUUUUGUUUUUUUUUUAAGAUCGCGGAUCGCUGUGCUUUUCGCUCGCGCUCGUCUCCGUCGUUGCCGAGGAGCUCGCGCUCAACAAAAGUAACCGGGACGACGGGAAUUCGCCAUGGAGAAGAAUGACAGCUCUCCACCGCCUGGAGACUGCGAGCUACCUCUGUCUCUCCUCCUCGCUCUUCAACUUGAACUUGAACUCCAAAAACCGGCUCGUCGGAGCCGAAACAACGCCUAUGUUGGUUCUUAAAAUGGCGUAACCUUGUACAUGCAGCCCUUUUGCUGUUCGCCAGCUUCUUGAUCAGACAGGAAGAUUUGCUAGGUGAGGUGCUUAUCUAUGACAUCACGAUACAGAGGCUGACCCUAAAGUUCACAGCUGUAAUUGAGAAGUCUUGCAGACACGUGUGCGUGGGGCCCCAGGAGAGACUACCACUGCAGCAGAGCCGGGGAGUGAAAGUCCAAUGAGUGAUCCAGUCCUUGCAGUACCGUGGUUCAGCACCAUGGUAGAUAUGCCCAAUCUAUUCAACCCAUUAACCUCAGCGGGAGAAGUAGUGUUAGAUAGCCCUCUUUGUGGGGAGCUAAUCAAGGAAAUGGAGGAGCUUGAGGAUAUCUCUCGAUCCUUCAACGAUGACACCUUCGACUUGCUGCAUCUGCCUGACUUUCAGGAAUCAAGCACUAGCUCCAACAGUUCUGCUACUCUCGACGUUUUAAGCCCAGCCUCUAGCCCGUCCCCAGCAGCCUUUGGAGCCAUCACAGGGCAGGAUGAGAUCAACGCCAGCCCCUUAAACCUUGAGUGCCGCGUAUGUGCCGAUCGUGCCUCAGGCUUCCACUAUGGAGUGCAUGCCUGUGAGGGGUGUAAGGGUUUCUUCAGGAGGACCAUACGCCUAAAGCUGGAGUAUGACAAGUGCGUGCGCAACUGUAAAAUCCAGAAAAAGAACCGGAACAAGUGCCAGUACUGUCGUUUCCACAAGUGCCUCGCUGUAGGCAUGUCCCACAACGCGAUUCGCUUCGGGAGGAUGCCUCAGUCAGAGAAGCAGAAGCUCAGAGCUGAGCUGCAAAUCCCUGAGAAAGAGGAGAGCAAGGCACAGCUGGAUGAUUGGAAGACUCUGGCCAGCCAAAUCCAUGAGUCCUAUCUUAAACAGUUUUAUCUGAACAAGGCUAAAGCACGAGGCUUUCUUACUGGCAAGACCAACAUGCCGCCUUUUGUCAUUCAUGACUUGGACACACUACAGCAGGCACAGCCUGCUCUGGUCACCCAGAUGCUGAGCGAGGGAAUGAAGGAUUUUGCACUUAUUGUUCAGGGGCAGGAGGCUGAGGAUCGUCUCUUCCACUGCUGUCAGUAUGUCUCAGUUGAAACGGUCACGCAGCUUACAGAGUUUGCCAAGGCUGUGCCUGGCUUCCCAAGCCUCGACAUCAAUGACCAGGUGACACUGUUGAAGUACGGCGUGCAUGAAGCUUUCUUUGCCCUGCUAGCCUCAUGCAUGAACAAGGACGGGAUGCUGGUGGCACGGGGCCGCGGUUUUAUUACCCGUGAGUUCCUUAAGAGCCUUCGCAAGCCUUUCAGUGUUAUGAUAGAGUCCAAGUUUCAGUUCGCCAUGCGGUUCAAUGCUCUGGAGCUGGACGACAGUGACCUGGCACUGUUUGUGGCUGCUAUUAUCUGCUGUGGAGACCGACCAGGGUUGGGAAACGUGUCACAUGUCGAACGUAUUCAGGAAAGUAUCAUUCAUGCUCUGCGGCUCCACCUGCAGACCAACCACGCCGACGACAUCUUACUGUUCCCCAAACUUCUGCAGAAACUAGCUGAUCUCCGGCAGCUCGUAACGGAGCAUGCUCGGUUGGUCCAGGACAUAAAAGAAACACAGGACACUUCUCUUCAUCCACUGCUUCAGGAAAUUUAUAAGGAUAUGUAUUGAACAUUGAACUACAGGCUGGAGAUCGUGGCAUAGCUGGAUGUGAAGUAGCCUAUGUAAUGCCCCGUCUUCAGGACUUCAACAACAGGAUUAACAGAUUAACCUGCUAAUGGAUUAACAGAUUUACUUGCUCUGGUUGUACACUAAUAUACAACCACAGUGGUCCAAUGAUGUGAGCUUGUAGAUGUAGUUGUAUGGCCUUUUACUCCACGAGUUGUGGAUUCAAUACAGGGACUAAUAAAGCUCAGUGCAAAAGUUUGCAUGCCUUUGAAUUUUAAUAGUAGCUAAACAUGUAUCAGAUUCAAUGGAAAUUUGUCUAUUAACCAAAAUGUCUAAAUUAUGAAAACAACAAAAAGAAAAAUGUGUCUUACAUUAAUUAAUUGACUCGUAAGACAAACGCUUGGCUUCAUAAUUGCCUCCCACCUCCUUCAUAGCCUUUUGAACAGCUUUUGGAUCAGCUCGGUUUUAUUAUUGGCACAAUCUAGGCGCAGAUUUGCCCAUUGUGCUUGCCAUAUCUGACCAUUCUUAAAAAGUCCUCAAGAUCUUUUUAGAUCAUGUUUAGAGGUCAACAUGCCAAAAAUCUUUGUGUAAUUUUUACCUCAUGAAUGCAAACUUUCCUACUAUUACAUAACAGAAGGUAUAGAUCUGUAAAAUCAAACUGUCGGAACAGUUAUUUAAUAAUUUAGAAAGCAAUUUGUGCCACAUGGAAAACUCAUAACUCUGUUCUGAAUAUAAAGGGUGAUUUUUAUGCCAUGCUAGAGUCCAGCCUACUCAUACAGCCUCAUCAUGGACCUAUACCUCAUAAAGAAACAUGUACAGUAGUUUUGUAAUAAAAUGUACACAGUGUAUAGCACUCCAGCUGUUAUUAUCAAAGGAUGUUAUUUAUUUUUGAAAAUGAGAAACCUGUGUUGUUAGAUAAAGAGGAUUAUUUUAUGAUUAAAUUGACUGAUAUAAGUUUGUGUAAUAGCAUAAUAUGAUAAUUUACGUUGUCUUUAGUAAUUACCCCAAUUAUGUGAGUCUUUAUUAUUAUUUAAUGCAUCAGGAAUGGUUAUACUGUACUUGUACUCAGGGACAAUCAGAGUCGGAUUUACGCUAGAAAAUAUUACUAAUCUAACUAUGACAGCAGGUACACUACACUAUAAGCACUUAUUGUAAGAAAAUUGUUUAUAAUUCUUUAAGUUCUUAUGUACAAAUAAAAAAUGUUUGUGUUCGUAUGUGAUUAAUGUGGUCUAACAAAGUAGUUCUAUAUUAAAACACCUAUUUUAACAGUUGGAUUAAGUCUAGAAUCUGGAAAACCAAAACAAAUUUGUAUAUCCAUGCUAUCUUAAAUAAAAAUGAUGCUUUUACGA